AUGGAUUUGAAAUUCUUCUACACCUGCUCCAGCCUAGUCUUUCUGCUGGUUGGCGGUGGCAAUUACAUCGGUGGCAUAGAUGGCAAACCUACAGUGACAGAACUUGGCUAUGUUGAUGCCAUUGGUCAGGAAUAUAUCGUACCCUAUCAACACCCGAUUACCGAUUAUCAUCUGAGUCGCUUGCGGCGCGGUUACUAUUAUGUCGAAAAUGGCUACAUCACUGCUAUACCAGAAUCAGUCAUCAAUGGCAAUAGGCGUGCAGAUACAGGGACCACUUCAACGGUGAAUGAAGCAAAGAAUAAGCGUACACAUGGCAAACGCAAGAAGCUGUUUGUGCCCAAUUUAUUUGGCUAA